GAACUUAGAGUCCAUCUUUCCUUGAUCUAAGUUUCCUUUGCCUUUUAAUAGAAUCUAACCAAGCUGAGGUUAUAUCUUUCUGCAAAAUGGUCAAUCAUAAUUCAAGAGGGCUAGUGGGGGACUUGGUAGAUGCGGGUGUAUAUGAAGAGGAUUUUGAGUUGGUUUGGGCAAAUAAGAGAGAUGAACAUGAGCAUGAUAACGAACCUUCUGUUGAAACUCCUCCAAGCCCCCCAAGUCCUCCAAGCCCUCCAUCGAAUCCAAAGCCAGCACUACAGUCCACAAGUACGGGUGAUUCGACAAGUACUACAGCGAAGAUGACAACAGAGACAUCAAUGAGCAGCGCAACACCGAGCGCAACAAUGAGCGCAACAACGAGUGCAACACCUACUGCUACACAAAUAUUACAAACUGCUGCCUCUGCUAGCUCUUUACCAACGCUUUCUAUUUCAACAACAUCUUCAUCUUAUGAGCCCAGCAGUACAUCUACCACCUCCAUAUAUUCACCCGCAUCUUCUCCAGCCUCAUCCUCAAAUUCAAGUCCUGAGACAACAAUAACAAGCACAACAACAAGCAUGUUGAACGCAACCGCUUUGACUGCACACAACCCUACAGUAUCCCCACUUUCAAAUGAUCAAGACACGACGAAAGAACAUCAACAUACAUCCUCAGCUCUGGCAGUAACUGUUAGUGUUACAGUUAUUGUCAGUUUAAUUGUGUUGGCUGUUAUGGCGUUCUUGGUUAGGAGAAGGAUUUUAAGACAAAGGAAGAGAGGUGGUGAGUUGAAAGAAAUAGGAGAGAAACCGGGUUCGGGAAUGGAAGCUUGGGCUGGUGUGAUACCUAGCAAGAGAGGGAACGGAAUUCGAAACUCGGUAUUUACUGGCAUUAGGGGAAAUGGAAUUCGAAACUCGGUAUUUCCAGGUAUUAGGGGGAAUAUGAUUCGAACCUCGAUCUUUCCUCAGGCACCUCGUCCCGUAUUAAUGAGAAACUCUUCGGUCUCAACAGCAGGAACUGUGAGGGACAUGGGAGGAUACGAAAAGGAAACAGGAGAAGGAGCAUCGACUAUCAGAGCGCCUUCAGCUAUGAGCUUGGAUUGGGGAGACGGAGUAUCGAUUCAUUCAUUGGAAACCACUGAUAGUGAACAGCCUCAAGGGUUGGGAGUUAGGCCGCAAAGAAGAAUGUCUCGUAUUCGGGAUUCAGAACACGAUAUCGAGAGUAGGGAUGGGAGUCAGGGAAUAUUGAGUUAUUAUGUCAAUAUGGAAUAUCAUCGUAAUCCUUUUGCGGAUCCAGAACCGAAUUUGAAUAUGGAUACCUCCUUUUCAUCGAUCCAAUUACCGAACUUUGAAUUCGAUACAUGGGGCGACGAUACGAAUAGGCUUUCAAGAAAUAAUCCGCAAUCGCCUGGAGAUUUGACGAGAGAUCAUUCGAAGAAGAAUACACCGAGUACAUUAAGGCCCACGAGUUUCUUGAGCGAAACAGACACUCUGGAAAGCCAAAAAGCGAUGGCAAGAGCUAGUUUUGGAGGAGCGCUUUCGCACCUGGGUUCAGCAAGAUGGUCUAAUCCUUUCUCGGCAAAGGAAAAGAGGGGGACACGGGGAUAUGAGGAGAUGGGGGAGCUGGAAAGAGAGGAGAGGGGAGAGGGGAAGUGGAAGGAUAAGCUGAGUUGGGUUAAGGGACAGGUGGAUAGGGUUAAAAAUUAGGGGCUGGGACCACCCGACUUGGAAUUAGGUGUGCGGGUUGUAGAUGAAAAAAAGGUCGAGGUGGACGUUGUAAUAUGCAGAGAUAAACGUUAUAGAUGGGAACCAAAUAAAGAUGGGACGGCGCGGGAUGGAUUCGCAUGAUAUUCACUAAAUACCAGGACUGAUUUUUGGAGUUCGGCCGAGAGGAUGAAUACCCUUCAUUGUUGUGUAUAUUCUGUACCCAGAUCUUUUACAAUUAUUUACUUUGUUAAUUAAUUCACUUUACUUCACUUUGUUAAAUCACAUCGCACCA